CACAUUGUGUCCGGAAGUCGUGCGCUGGGGAAAGCGUGUUGAGUUCAGCGUGGAGAGGCUGAUUGGCUUCAGAAUGUCGUCUCUUCUGAUAAAUGAAUUUUUAACAAAUUGCCCCAACACGUGUAUGGUUUUAGACUCCGUUAUAUGGCCGAUAGAGUCGUGGCCAGAUUUGGAGAGGGUUGAGGCAGUUACCAUCUUGCUGGACGCAGUUAAUGUGAGAUGCUCUGAUGAAAAUCGUGAUAGUUUUUCUGGUAAAGUGAGAGCUCUCUUGUGGGAGAGAUGCAUGCCGCUUUUAAGGCAAGUUUCAGAAAUUGGUUCCCAUAAAAACGAGCCCGGAAAUAAGACGCUACAUGCUCUUUGUCGCCUGCUUAGCAGCUGUCUAGCUUUUCUACGUGACUCUAGGGAAGUAGAAAAACUGACUCUUAUAAUCUUACCGGUGUUUCAAAGCUUGGAGAGGGACGAUGGUAGCAAAGCACAGCUUGAUAUAGACGUAGCAGUAGAGGUUCUGGCAAUUCUGCUGCCUUCACUGACGUCUGACCCGGAGUUUAUAGUGAAGUUGACAUCAUGCAUUCUCGCAGCGGUGAGAAUCCUGUCUGAUGAACGGGUGUCAAAAAUCAUCGUUCGUGUUUUGUUUGGGCUUCUCAACUGUGUUAGUGACAGCAGCAGAAGAGACAUUCUCCAUCGCAUAUGGCUGGACAUAUGCAGCUGGCACCAAAUCGAAAAGAAUGCGACUGCCACAUCUCGGACAUUACUGUGCCUUACUGCCAUCUCAGACUACCUCUUUCCACCCAGAGAAAUGUCCUCACUACACGAUGACCAUCAUAACUACCUCCCAGACCCCAGAUGGUCACAGUCGUUUUGGGCAAUUAUUCAGUCUGGACUCACCCACAGAGAUAACGUGGCACGCAAGCGAGCCCUUUACUUGUUGAAGAAAUGUGUCGCUCAGUCCGAAGCAGAGAACAUGGAGUUUGGGUCUCUCGAAUCGUCAGACGGAGAUCUUAAGAAGCAUGUUUCUUCUGAAGAGAUGUGCUUUUUCAGAUGGACACCCAGCAAGAGUCAAGCACUGCAGCAAUUCUGGCAGGAUUAUGCAUUGGUAAUGGAGACUCUUGAGGAAAAUCAGAUUCAUGUUGUGCUUCCUGUACUAAACCGAGUAAAUACACUGAUUGAAACAACAGCAAGCGACAACAAAGGUGCUGCAUUGGUGCACCCUUCAUGGUUGCUGUGUGUGUACCAGCGCAUGUUCCACAGCGAGAACAAGGCGGUGAUGAAGGAAGGAGUGUACCACCUGUUGGAGCUGCGGCUGCUGAAGUGUCCGGACAUCGCCCUGGCUUACUCCCAGUUCAUUGUUGGCCCUUUCAUGGAUGUCUUGUCUGAGAGCACUCUCUACCACAGGUCAACAAAUCAAAUUAUUGGGGAGUGUCCUGAAGUUGGGCUGAAGCUUCAGGAGUUCUUUGUCAACUUCUUUGGCAGUUUACCCCAAGAGAACAAAGGCCCGGUCCUCCUGCAGCUUGUGCAGCGGCUGGGGUCUCGGCACUGGUGUGCUGUCCCCCUCCUCUUCCUCUCCCAGGCCCUGGCUCGCCUCCCGCCCUGCCCACUGCUAAACCCAGAGGGACUGCUGGCACUCAGGGAGGUGCUACGCUGCACGAUGAUCACUCACCAGGUUCUACUCAGAGGUGCUGCUCAGUGCUUCUUGCUCCACAGCGCCCUCUGCCUCACUGAUGUGCAAACAGUGACUCUGGAGGAGGCGUUUAGCUUCCUGGUUCACUUUCGUUCGGAUGAGUCUCUGUGCCGAGGAACAGCACUGUGGAAGGAGGUCUGUGACUGGCUCAUGAAUAAUGAAGACAAGUUCAGGUCUGCCGUGGGAAAAUCAAGCACUGUGACACCACAGGAGGCCGAGCUGACCAGCGUAGCCACAGAGGGGGCCUCGGUGGAGGGCUACGUCCGGCACCGACUGGACGUUUUCCUCACCGUACCUGCCAGUGCAGAGCCUACAGACGGUCUGCCAGACAGUGGAGAGGCCGAUCUCCUGGCUCUGGCCCUCCUCCUCUGGGCGGACGUGGAGGAGAGCCGAGGUGGAGGUGGAGGCGGAGGCAGUGUCCACGUGGCCCUGGAGCGCCUGCUGCUCCCCCUGGUGGACGUGCUGCGCCGGCUCAGCACCAGCCUCUACCUGCCGCUGCGCAAGAGUGACAAGAGCCUACAGCUGCUGCUGCGCCUCCUCCAGCUGAGGAAGAGACCCACAGACGCCGCGGACUCAGAGUCUAGUGCAGGUGAUGGUGCAGCGGCUGCUGUCUCAGCUCUAGCGCUGAGUGUGGUGGAGCCUGUUCAGGCCUUCAUCGGCCGCAGGUUGACUGGGGAGCUGCAGGAGGUGUGUGACAUAGAGCGCGCUGGGUUGUAUCUGGCCGUGCUCCGAGAGCUGUUGCAGGAGUUCAGCGGGGUGCCGUGGUACCAGGGCAACAUGCAACAGAGCUUCUUGCCUGGCGUCUGUACAGGCAGCCUGCGGAUCCUCAGCGAACCCGCCGAGCAGGUACCCUCUGUCCACGGGCAGGUGCAGAAGGCUGUGGCGAUGUCAGUGUUGUCUCUGCUGUGUGAGGUGACUGCAAGUGGAGUGUUUCACGGCAGCGUGUCUGUCGACUCCUUCAGGGACUACUUCUACCUCCCUGAGCACCUCAACCAGGCCCUACUGAAGCCCAUGGCCACAGCCAGUGACGUUGAUGACAGUCCCCUGCUUCGAGACUGGGGCCGUGUUGCCGCCCAGUUCAUCCGUGACCAGUGGGCCAGCCUGAGCGUGCUGCAGCGGGGGGCGGCGGCCGGACCCCCGAGAUCUCCAGAGGCCGCAGGGCUCCGUGUGGUCCUGCAGGCUGCGGUGGAGGCCCUCUCUCUGCUGCCCAGUAACCAGGUGCUGCCCGUGCUGGACUUCAUGGCCCUUCUGCUGCCACAGGUGGCAGUAUGUGAAGAGUCUCUUUGUGCGGAGGCAGUGGCUCUCAGCUGGAAAGUGUUGCAGGGCUUGAGCGGCAAUGCCAGUGACUUCUGGCCGGCGCUGCAGGCGUUUGUACGGCUGGCCUUCCACCGGACCGCCCUGGAGCUGAUCCCAGAACAGGCACCCACGCUCACCACCACCAUACAGCAGAUCGGCUGUGAGCUGAUGGAGCUGUCGGAGGUCAAGUCUGGGGUGUUCAACACGCUCGUCAGCCACUGCUGCCACACCUGGCUGCCCGCCAACUCAGGAAGUGCACCUGGGGAUGACACCUGCUUCUCCAGCGCCCUGACGCACCUGGACAUCCUGACGGAGGCGUGCCUGCAUGGGCCAGUGUUCCGCAGAGACCAGAGGCUGAUCCAGGAAGUCCAGGUUUAUGUGGAGCAGCUCGGGGACCAGUGUGCUGCCAACACGGCCAUUACCAGUGACAACAGGGAUGAGCAGUUCCCACGUGUUGCUGCACUGGCCUUCCUCAGCCACCUGCAACCAUCCAAUGAGCUCCACCACGCACUGAUGGAGAAGCUGGUGCUGCAGUUGGUGGAGAAGGAUAGAGGAAUAUCCAAAUCGAAAGCGCGGUACUAUAGUAACUCCUUGCAGCACCGCAUAAGGAACAGGGUGUGGCAGACCCUGCUGUUUCUACUGCCCAAACUGAGAAGGGAGUUUGUCGUGGGGACGUUACUGGGCUACGCCUUUGAGGCCGGCUUCAGCAGUAACCAGGCCUCAGUGAAGUACCUGAUCGAGUGGGCCAUGCUGCUCAUGCUCUACCACAACCCCUCCCACAUGGACCAGUUCUGGGCCUGCUUUAGUGGUGACCAAGAGAAGACUAAGACUAGUAUCUGCACCUUUCUGUCAGUGCUAGUGCACUUGAACACCCUGCUGCCCAGACUGGAGGACAAGACAGGACAGUGGCGUAAAGCCCUGGAGGUGAUCCUGCAGUGGUGUUUCAGCCAUAACUUCAGCGUGCGCCUGUACGCGCUGCUGGCCCUGAAGAGGGUCUGGGGCCUGGAGGGUCCGCGGGCCGCGACCGAGGAGGCCCUGGGUGGAGCGGACGCUCUCGGGGGGCUGGCCACGGUCAUCCAGGCCUGUCUGAACCAGGCCGAGGCCAUGCAGAACACAGGAAAUGCCAUGAAAAACUGGGUUAGGAUACAGGAGCAUUUCUUCUUCGGCAUAUUCGACCCACUGAGAGACUAUAGUGUGGAGACCAUCUUCUUUGCUUUCCCCCGCUUGUCGGACCUGGCAGAUGACGAAUGGAUACCUCCUUGGAAGUUUGAGAAGAUGGUGGUGUUCUCAGCGAACGCAUCGCUCCCUGUGAGGAACCCAGUGGCAGAUCUUAGCCAGAUGCUGCCGGGAGACUGGAUCCAGCAGGACAAAGGAGAGCUGGAGCAGGAGGAGCGCUGGGCAGAGGUGCAGAAGAAGAUCACCGCCUGGAGGCUGAGCUUCCAGGACCAGGAGCCACAGCUAGCAGCCCAGCAGAGGGCGCUCCGCCUGGGCAAACUCACCAGCGCCCUCCUGGUGGUUGCCUCGCUCAUCGACAAGCCCACCAACCUUGGAGGGUUGUGCCGCACAUGCGAGAUCUUCGGGGCCAGUGGUCUGGUGCUGGACAGCCUCCGCCACGUCAGCGACAAACAAUUCCAGGCACUCAGUGUCUCCUCAGAACUGUGGCUUCCGCUGAUGGAGGUGAAGCCGGUCGACUUAUCAGGCUUCCUGCGGGGGAAGAAGGCGGAAGGCUACUGCAUUGUGGGAGUGGAACAGACGGCCAACAGCCAGAGCCUGCAGGAGUACAGGUUCCCUGAGAAGAGCCUCCUGCUGCUGGGAAACGAGAGGGAAGGCAUCCCGGCAAACCUGCUGCAGCUGCUGGACGUGUGCGUGGAGAUCCCGCAGCGGGGCGUCACGCGGUCACUCAACGUGCAUGUGAGCGCUGCCCUGUUGGUCUGGGAAUACACGCGUCAGCACAUCCCCCCUACCAACUGACCCUGGAGCCCAGUGAACCUACUCCACCUUCCCCCCAAAACACCUUACAGUACACGGUCAGUCCCACCACAAAGACUUUCACAGCGGGUGAGCGCAGCCACACCUUGAGCUUUGUUUAUGCACAGUCAGUCCAGUGCUGGGUCAAGGCUGCAUUCUGUGUGGGGAUUGGUUUAAAAUGGGAAGAGGAGGAGCUAAAAUCUUGGAAAAGAGAAGAUGAAACCACACCACACUGGAAGAGGUGACCUGACCUCUGCUCCGCGGACCCUCUUUCCCCAUACAUCCAGUCAGUCUCACUCUCACCCCACAAGGGUCCUCUGUGGAACAUUCCCUCCACAUGUCUGCCUCCAACAAAGAAUCUUGAUAACCUUGAUAGGCUGACUCGUGUUUGGAUUUGCAAUGCUGGUUGGGAAUCCAGUUGGACACAAACUGUUUUUAAAAUGACUGAUUAUGUGUUGUAUUUUACAAAAAUAAACAUUUAUAAAUGAGAAUAUUUAAUUCAUUUUAUGCAGCCUGUUAUACAACCCCAAAACAGAAAAGUUGGAACGUUACAUAAAAUGCAAAUAAAACUAAAUGUGACACUAUGCAAAUCUCGUGAACCCAUAUAUAGCUGCAAAAACACAGACAACAUAUAACAAUGUUGAAAAAAGCACAUUUGACUAUUUCAUGGAAAAUAUGUUAAUUUUGAAUAUGAUACCAGCAACAUGUUUUAAAAAAAAUGCUGGUAGUAGAUACAGGGGCAACAAAAUACUAGGAAAGUUGUAUGACCUAAGGAUAAAGACAACAAUAGGAGGAAUAUUUCACAAAUAAUUAGGGUGAUUGGCACCAUGGUUGAGUAUACAAACCAAGAAAUUAAGAUGUAGAGCUCUGUGUAAACCUGUGUCGACAAGUUAUGAAAUAAUAAGAUUAACAUUAAAUUGUGAGGUAUUUGGGGAUUUCAUCAUCUGCAGUACAUCAUUUAAUUAAAACAUUCUAAUAAUCCAGAGACGUCUUUGCAAACAAGAGACAGCUGAAAAAAACAAUAUUGGAUGGCCGUAUAGUCUUUUGGACCUCAGAUGGAACUGCCUUAAAAUCAGACCUGUUUCUGUAAAUAAAAUCAUUGUAGGUGCUCAGAAAAACUUAUAACAAAUAACUAACUAACCAAUAACUAUUGUCUACGAGAACAGUUUGAUGCCAAUGUAAAGUUUACCAUGCAAAGAAAAUUAUAUUAAAGCCACAAUCUUAUCUAGGCCUGAGCUCAUUCAAAAUGGACUGUGGUGAAGUGGAAAAACGUCAUGUGGUUAGACCAACCACAAUGUGCAAUUCCUUUUACAAAACAUCUGGGAAAGCACAAUCAAUUCUAAAUGAUGUACAGGGGUUUUGCAACAUAAAUUGCCACCCAGACAGUGUAUUUUUUAGGGAAGACCUUGAAUGUUUUAGGAAAACAAAUGCCAAAAUUAGUUUUCCACAGCAUUAUAUUAUACAGUUAUUUCUCCUUUGAGAAAGAGUCGAGAUUUUAAAAUGGACUGUCUGCAGUCCUGACCUGUCAAAUUGAGUGCAUCGUGGAAUGAUGCAAAGAUGGGUUAAUAUUUGUAGAUUAUCACACUCUAUUUUUAUUAGCAUUUUACACAAUGUCACAACUUUUUCUGUCUUGGGAUUGUAGACUUUCUGAUAAUGAGCCAGAAUACUUUUGUUAUUG